AUGUCGCAACCAAGCGAACCUCCCUCGACCCCGAGCAUCCCUCACCAAGAACAGGAGCCAGCCUCCACCGACAAAGUCGCACCGAAUCCCAGUACCCCUCCAAAGACACCCACUCGCCAGCAUGCAUUCCAGCCAAACACCCCCCGCACUCCCCGCACCCCCUAUCGUCCCCGCUUCACCCUUGUGGACCGCUCCCCCAACGGACGCUAUGUCGCCCGUUCUCCACCCUCCGAGGAUGACCCAAUCACCGUUUGGGGUGUCGUCAUCACCAUCUUGUCUUUCAAAGAACAGUUCGCACUGUGGGACGAGAUCAAGCUUGACAACCGCCUUCUGCAAGCCGAGGACGUCCACGCCGGGCUUUACACUUGGAGGAUGGACAAGAAAGAGGAGGAUCUGGAGAUGAAGCUGGGCGACUGGCUAUGCGAGCUUCGCCAAGAGCUAUCACGCUGGCUGGAAGGAGAGGGGUAUGUGAGGUUCAGGAAUACCAUGUCGCAGUUCUGGAUGAGUGUUGAAGACGAUGUGACUGGCGAGAUUGUCCGAGAGGGCUCUUCCGACCCUCAGCUUUACAGACCUCUUCGAGAAUGGUUCACCAACCUCAGCAACCAACACUACCCCGCCGGCCAGUCUCCUAAUCCUGUCCCUCUCCAUCUCAAAAUCACCUGGGUCACACCUGCGCCUUUCUGCCUGGUCGGCCUCAAAGACCACACCAGCGAUGUCGCAAGGAGCCUCGAUGUCACCCAGAAGGGAAAGAUCACGCGGGCCGAGGCGAACCGUUGUAGUCUGGCAGGGGUCCUGCUCCCGGACGAUCGGAUAAUCCUUCUGGUCGACUUGUGUCUCAGAAGCAAAGUUACUCGCAAAUCCUGGGAUGCGACUUCUCGUCUCACAGACUACAAGUGGGACUUGCGUCCAAUCUCUCCACCUGUCCCGACCUCUGCGGAUGAAGAUGUGAUUCGGGCUUCCAUUCCCGAACCCGUCCCUUACUCAUUUGACCGAGUACAUGGCGAUGCCAGCGGUGGGGCUCCGCCCUACAUGUUUACACGCCCCUACGCCGAGUCCUACAAACUUGGCGAUGAGGACCAUUAUCACGAACAAGAACCAGACAAGCAGAAGGCCCUAUGCAUUCUCGUGCGCCUCACCAGGCAACUCCUCGCAGAACCGCCAAAAGAGAAAAUCGAGAUGCGCUACGUCUCUCCCUCUCGCGACCCAGAGUAUUUCGUGGACGGGGCAGACCCUGUCUCGCCCUCUCCCAACUCUGAAGCACCAGACUCGGAGAAGCCUGAAGAAUCCGGGACGGACCCUGUGUAUCUCGAGAACGCGCCCCCCUCGGCGUCCAUCAACCAGGCCCAUGGUCGCUUGCCUCUCAAGCCCGACCCACUCGCUGCUCGCUCCUCAUCAUCGCCUUGCAAGGCUGACAGCUCUUCUCCUCCUGCGUCGCCUACGACCCCUACUCGGAGACGCUUCUUUCAUCGCAAAGCGUCGGGGACUGGGAUUGGCGACAGUCCGUCCAGCCCUCAUGGGCCGUCGCCCUUGUCUGAUCCGCACUUGAAGAGUCAAAAGGGUGGGAUGCAGAUCACAAAGCGCAUGCCUCCACCUCCCCCGCCCACCUUCUCGCCUCCUCAAAGCUUGCUGCAGCCUUCCGGUGACACUCUCCUAUCCGGUGGUAGCGCGCCUGAAUCACCAAGUUCACGAGACAUCACGUUGGACUCUACAACGUCACUUGUCUCCAGCGCUUCUUCGUGCACCACUAUCGAUGAUUCUUUCGCCCUCCCCUCUUCCGAAGCUAUCGAUGGUACUCGUCAGGCGACCCCCUCCAAGGCUUUGCCGAAGACUCCUUCAAAGACCACCGCCGGCGAUUCUUUCGGUCUUCCGCCCUACGUUUACACUGUGGUUAUCAAGCCCGUCAUCAAGUCCGUCGAGCUUGCCAAAAACAGCAAGUCUACCAAAGACACCACCCAGUCUGCCGAAGACACCACCCAAUCUAUCAAAGACACCAACAAGUCUGCCGAAGACAUUACCAAGUCUGCCGAAGACACCAUCAAGUCUACCAAAGACACCACACUCCAGACCCCCGGCAAAAAGACUAGAAGGCUUCUACACAAGGUCUCUUCCUACUUGUCUCCUAAGAAGAGCUGGUAUGGAGGGCAUAAGGAGAAGGAGCGUCAAGAGAAGACUGGAGAGGAGAUGAAGCGCCAGGAGAAGAUUGGGGACAAGACGGGAGCGGAGACUUUGCAGGUCCAGAACGAGGAUCAGGUCGAGUAUGAUGACACAACCUGCGAGCCCCGGGGUCAAGUCGAAAUCGACCGCGCCGUUGCGCCCGAGGGCAAUGGGUAA